GGUCCCAGACAAGAGAUGGCAUCUGCAGAGCCAGAAAAGGAAGUCCUUGCCUUAUAGAGAGCGCUCUCGGUGUGACACAAUGGCUGAUAUAAAGUGUCGGGGGAGCUGAGCUGAAGGCAAAGGAACAAAGGAAGAUCAAGAUUCGGUGGUGCUCUCAGACAAAAGGAAAGCAGAAAGUGUCUCGGGGAUGGAUAAAUUUAAGGCUGCGCUUGUGCUGGCUGGGGUAGGGGACGCUCUUGGUUAUCGCAAUUUCUCUCGAGAAAACAAUGCCUUAGGUGCAAAAAUCCAGCAGGAGCUGAAGGAAAUUGGAGGGCUUGAGAACCUGGUGCUUUCUCCUGACAAGUGGCCAGUAAGUGACAACACGCUCAUGCACAUGGCUACAGCAGAGGCUGUCAUCACAGAUUACUGGUGUUUAGAAGACCUGUACCGGGAGCUGGUAAAACGCUACGUGGAUGCUCUUGACAAGCUCUCGGGGAGGCGGCCAGACCCUGCUACCAUCGAAGGCUGCAGGGAAUUAAAACCAGACAACUACCUUCUUGCUUGGCACACACCGUUCAAUGAAAAGGGUUCUGGAUUCGGAGCAUCCACGAAAGCCAUGUGUUUAGGGAUGAGAUACUGGAAGCCGGAAAGGCUGGAGUCACUUAUUGAAGUGAGCAUUGAAUGUGGACGAAUGACUCAUAACCAUCCUACAGGUUUUCUAGGGUCCCUCUGCACAGCCCUCUUUGUGGCAUAUGCAAUACAAGGGAAACCCCUUGUGCAGUGGGGAAGAGAGAUGAUGAAGGUUGUGCCAAUGGCUGAAGAAUACUGCAAGAAGACCAUCCGCCACAUGGCAGAAUAUCAGGAGCACUGGUUUUACUUCGAAGCCAAGUGGCAAUUUUAUUUGGAGGAGAGAGAAAUCAAUGAGGAAAAUCAGAAUAAACCUGUCUUUCCGGACAACUAUGACGCAGAGGAGAGAGAAAAGACAUACAAGAGAUGGAGCUCUGAAGGCCGGGGUGGGAGACGAGGCCACGAUGCCCCCAUGAUCGCCUACGACGCCCUCCUGGGCUGUGGUGGGGACUGGACAGAGCUCUGCAACCGCUCCAUGUUCCACGGAGGAGAAAGCGCAGCUACUGGGUCCAUCGCUGGCUGCCUGUACGGCUUGGUUUACGGCCUGAGCAAGGUUCCUAAAGGCUUGUACCAGGACCUGGAACAACGGGAAAGGCUCGAGUACUUGGGCGAGAAUCUUUACCGACUAUCCAUGGAGGAAAAGUAAAGCAGUUUCUGCCAUUUCUCUUUCUAUAAAGACUAUAUUAAACCCUGUAGAUAACUGACUGACAUUCAUAGCGAAGGAAUUAGCUGAGAGUUAGUCUGAAAGGCUGUAUGUAGAUCGUGUGCAAGCAAAAAUAACUGAAUUACUCAAGACUGAUUAGAUAUUUACGGUCUUUGUGGUUUUUUUUACAGAUGUAGGGAUUUCUGAGUAUAAAGAGUGCUGCUUAAACCAGUGAGAUAAUUUCAAAUGGAAAAAAAUAAAUAAAACCUCUUUUGAUUGA